GCAAGAAAGAAAGAAGAAAGAACAAAAAAAACAGAAUUACACAUAUGGGAACCAAAAAAAUUCCCAAAACCCUAGAUGGGAACUUUGUUCUUAUAAUACUUAUCAUCACCACCUUAAUGAUGGUGACUCACUCCCAUGGAUUUCAACUAGAGAUCAGGAACGAACUCUCGGGUCGGUACAGAAAACUUGUGUACAAAUGCUGGUCUCGAGACAACGAUCUUGGGUGGAGAGAAAACUGGCCAGAUCAGCACAAGGACUGGUCCUUUGCCAUGUCGCUCUUCCACACAUACUUCCACUGCAACUUCCGUACAGGAUACGGACGCGUGGACAAUCAGCUAGUUGCCUCGUGGAAGAUGAAAGAGCAGUGUGGGGACAGGUCCAAAUGCACUUGGGUGGUUAAGAAAGACGGUCUCUACUUGAGACAUUGGAAGACCAUAUUCUUUAGUAACAAGUAUGGCAACGAGAGGUGGGAUGAGUAUGUUCCACAUGAUGUUCUUCAGAAAGCUUGGAGCUAA